AAUUUGUGUACGGGCAUCUUAAUGACAGUAUUUUCGCGCAAUGGGUGGAAUGAGGUUGAUUUUUAUCAUAUGUGCGAAUCUUGCAUUUUCUACGAGUGAAUCGGCCACCUGUCAACAAGGACCUCUCGGAUAUUAUUGGAGAGAUUACGUGGGGGAAAUACCAUACGAUGCAGUUCCCGGAGGUAUUGAUAAGUCCGGUCAGCCGACAUACAUUGGACAGGCCUACAUAAAAGGCUUCGAACUUUUACCGGCAACAAUAACAGCGGGUUCAACGACAGCUAUGGCGUCCGCCUAUAACAUAGCGAUGCCCGUUAACAAAAAUAUCAAGAUACUGUGCAGUAAUCAGCUGGACAAGUUUUCAUGGCUCGUUACCAAGAGCGAGGAAGCGCACCUUAUCACUAAUUGCCAUUUGGUCAUUGGUGGCUCAGAGGUCGAUGAAAUUGUGCAUAUUGGACGUGUUAAUCAUCAUGGGCAAACAGUAAUUGGUAAAGUGUUCAGUUACAGACCCGUCUUUAAAGGGUUGUGGAUACCACACGAUGGACACGAGCUGAACUUUGCUUCUUAUGAAAUUCUAACUUAUAACUGUAACGCUCAUACGGGAAAAUAAGCGUAAUUGGAACCUUGUCACAAUUUUCUAAGUAUUGAUAAUUAUAAGAUUUGCAACUGGAAACUCCUGCACACGAUAAUUUAAUCUUUUUAUCUUGACGAAAGAAAUCUUCAUAAUAAUCAAUUAUACUAGUCACCAAAAUGCUGCUGCCAGAGUAAUUGCGUCUCCCGUACCAAAUAUUGUGUGAAAACUAUCUUCAAAUAUAUACCUACUUGUAGAAAGUGUCA